CCGAACAGUUAUCUGGUCUCUUGCCGUCCAACUGUUGCCUGAGAGGUACGGCCGUGCACAGGGUGUUGGUAUUUAGACACACACAGCUAUUAAAAUGACAAAUUUCGGCAACCUGAAGAGUGAUGUUGGUGUUAAAGCCCUCAAUGACCAUCUAGGGGACAAGAGCUACAUCGAAGGCUUCUCACCCUCUCAGGCUGAUGUCAGUGUGUUUGAAGGAAUUGGUAAAGCCCCUGCAGAAAAAUUUGCACAUGCCUUGAGAUGGUAUAAGCAUAUUACUUCCUUUGGCAAUGAGAAGUCUAAGUUCCCAGGUGUCAAAAAGCCUCUUACUAAUGCCCCUGCCCCAGCUAAUGAUGACGAUAAUGAUGAUGAUGAAGAUGUUGAUCUGUUUGGCUCAGAUGAUGAUGAAGAGGAGAGUGCCGAGGCAGCCCGUGUAAGGGAGGAGCGCUUGGCGGCUUAUGCAGCAAAGAAAGCAGCCAAACCAGGUCCAAUUGCGAGGUCCCAGAUAUUGUUGGAUGUCAAGCCCUGGGAUGAUGAAACAGACAUGAAGGAAUUGGAAAAGAAAGUUAGAACCGUCACCAUGGACGGCCUAGUUUGGGGUGCUAGUAAGCUUAAUCCUCUGGCGUAUGGUAUUAUGAAGCUGAGCAUCCUGUGCACGGUGGAGGACGCAAAGGUCUCGGUCGAUGACCUUACCGAGAAGAUUCAAGACUAUGAGGACUUUGUCCAGUCCGUAGACGUUGCAGCCUUCAACAAAGUAUAAGCUCUCUGUCUCUAGGAGCUUCCAGUUGUUACAGUAAUAACGUUGAAAAUAAAAAAAAACUCGAAAAAAUAUUUUUAAUAAAGUGUCAAACUUAAAAA